GGAGCAAAGAUGGCGGCCGAACUGGACAGAGUGCGAAUUUCAGCUGCGGAACUGCGAGCUGAAGCUUCGAGUUCAGUCAACAAUGCCGAACAUUUGACAGAAGAACAACAGGACCAUCAUGUACCCAAGCAGCAAAGGAGACGUGAAGGAAAACGCCCUGAUCUGCAGAGAUACCAACCAACAGCUGGGCAUGGACAGCGUCACCAGGACAGUGAGGAAGGAAGGAGUAGUCAAAAUGAUCCCCUAGCUACUGUUUCAUAUGAGGGUGAUCUGCCGUCAAGGAAUGCAGAAAAAACCAAAGGAUUCACAGACAGCGAGUUGAGUACCCAAAAUAAUGAAGAGAGAUUGAGAGGGGAUGGCAGUCAGAUCCAGAACUGCGGAGAGGCGAGCCAGUCACAGGCUAAAACAGAUGCAAGUGAUGAAAAAGAUUGCCAAGAAGCUGAUGGAGGUGCUAAGGCUACAAAGAAAGUCCGCAAACCUGACAGAAUGCUUUAUCAGCCUGGAAGCCGCAAGAAUAUCCAGGGAAAAGACUGUGGCGUUGGAAAAGAACAGGAUAAGGCUCCUCCUGGGAAGCUGGAGCAAAACACUGUGGUAGAAUCCCAGCUGAGUGCAGGGAUGAGGGAGGGAAACAAGAAAAUAUCUACCCCGAAGCAGGGAGGGAAAGAUAAAAUAAAAGCAGUUCAGGAAGUAGAAAGCCCUGAUCUGGAAAUGCCUGCCAUUGAUAUUUCAGUGAAAACAAUUACAAGCAAAGUGGAAAAAAUCAAUAUAAAGGAGAAAGGAAAAGUCAGGGGUACAAAUAAAGCCACUGGGGAGUUAACUUGUAGGGCAGGGGAGACAACUGAAAAAGAAAAAAGAAGUCAAGGUCAAGAAACCAAGCAAGAGAAAGAAAAGCCAGAAAAGAAGGGAGACAGGGGAAACCAGAGGAGAAGAGGUGUGGAGAGAGAGAAGAAUUUGGAAAUCAAAGGAGAAGAUGAAAUAGGCAGCAGAAGAAAGAACCAUCAAGGAAAGACCGAGAAGGACAAAGAUAAGAAAGCUGCAAAAGCAGAUGGGAAAAUGUUGGAUAAGGCAGGGGAAGCACACCAAAGUACAACAAAAGAGAAUCGCAAAGAAAACAGAAGGAGAAAUGAUAACAACAGCAGUUCUAGAGAUACUGACAAGGAUGUCAAGACUGAGAGAAAAUUAGACAGGUGUCUAGAAAUACAGGAUAGACACAGAGCCAACGCAAACGCCACAACGCCAACCUCGAAACGUUAUUCCAAAUCUGAUAUUCGGCACUCACGAAACAGAACUUACAGCAGUAGCUCAGGCAGCAGUGUGACCAGCCAAGAUGUUCCUGGACGAGGAAUGGAUGCGAGGAGUACCAAAUUGUCACGUCUGGACUAUGUGAAGAAUAAUAAAGACGGAAUGGAAAACAAUAAAGGGCGGAGGAGCCACUUACGAAGCUGGACGAAUGAGGAUUCGUCCUCAGAAUCACUGCAGGGGAGUGAAAUGAGUGACAAAGCAGAAGAUAGAAAGAGGAGAAUAAAGGGGAAGAAAGAAAUAAGUACAGACAGACGAGAGGAGAAGAGCAAACCAAAGUCGAACAAAAGUGGAAGUAAGGGAAUUCUGAAGAUAUCUCAAGAGAAACAGUCAUUUACUCCGUCACAUACUGGUGAGGCAAAACAUCACAAGCAAGGUGUGUUUCCACGUGGUCGAGGGGGAGGGAUCCUGGUGCUUCCAUCUCGCACGGAUAUCUCACAUUCACCAGAAGUAGGGCAGAGGCUUUUUGGUGGAUUUAGAGGAGGAGCACCUAGCAGGAGCAGAGGUGGCCGAGGGGGAGGGGUGAGACGACUCUGGGAUCCAAAUAACCCCGAUCAAAAACCUGCGCUCGCUAGUGCUCAGUCUUCCCAGCAUUCCUCUGUCAAACCACCUGUCUAUCUUCAGACUGGGACCGGCUAUGGACAGCUUCACUUUCUGGACACCGAUGACGAGGUAGCAGGCAGUCCUCCACAAGCCCAGGGGGAACAGCUGCAGUCUCAACGGGCCGCUGCCGCGGCUUACUACAAGUUCCAGAACUCUGACAAUCCCUACGGCUACCCCAUGGCCACCACCAACCUCCAUAACCCCAACGCCGGUGCAGGCCAGCGCUUUCCAUAUCCGUAUAACAUGGGGGCGUACCAAAUGGCCCACUCUAACGGCAUGUACCAGAGCCCCGGUAUAGCUCCCUUCUGUGGGAGUUACAGGGGAGCAGGUUAUUCCCAGCAAGGCGCAGAGGGCAGUUUGACAUUUGAAGAAGCAGAGCAACUAACCAGAGGAGAGCUGGGGAGGUUGCUUCGGGCUGCGGAUGCAAAUGAGCUUCAGCUCAGUAACCUGCUGUCCAGGGACAGAGUCAGCGCUGAUGGACUGGAACGCAUGGCCCUGCUCAGAGUGGACCUUUUGGGGCUGUAUGAGCAAGUCAUCUUGACAGACAUUGAGUUAUCAGACUCCCAGAAUGUGGAUCAAGCUUUGUGGAAGAACGUGUUUUACCAGGUCAUAGAGCGUUUCCGGCAGCUGCUCAAAGACCCCAACUCUGACAACAGCCCUCACAUCAGAAACAAGCUGCUCACUCUUCUGGAUGAGGGUACACUAUUCUUUGAUGCCCUGCUUCAGAAGCUGCAGACAGUGUACCAGUUUUCGUUAAAGGAUUACAUGGACGGUAUUGCUAUCAGGGCUCGGCCAUUACGCAAAACGGUGAAGUAUGCACUUAUAAGUGCACAGCGCUGUAUGAUUUGUCAGGGGGAUAUAGCGCGGUACCGGGAACAAGCCAGUGAAUCUGCCAACUAUGGCAAGGCUCGCAGCUGGUACCUAAAAGCCCAGCAGAUUGCCCCCAAAAAUGGACGCCCAUAUAACCAGCUGGCCCUGUUGGCAAUCUAUACAAAGCGGAAAUUAGAUGCUGUGUAUUAUUACAUGCGCAGUUUGUCAGCUUCUAACCCCAUACUGACAGCAAAGGAAAGCUUGAUGAGCCUUUUUGAGGAAGCUAAACGAAAGGUGGAACAGCUUGAACGGAGAAGAAAGCAGGAGCAUGAAGGAGGUUGCCGGGGUCCAGCAAUAAGAGGGAGAGCCAGAGGAGAUGACGGGGCACGUGUGGAGAUUUGGAUUCGUCCCAGUGCACAAUCAGCAACCCCCGCCUCCCAGAGAGGAGGCAGUGAGUCCAGCAGAGACUCGGAGCAGGAUGGAGAGCUGGGCGGUCUAAGCGCUACAGAUCUAAAUAAGAGAUUUAUUCUGAGUUUCCUGCAUACACAUGGAAAGCUCUUCACCAAAGUAGGCAUGGAGUCCUUCUCUGGAGUUGCGAGUCGAGUUUUGUUGGAGUUCAAAAUGCUCCUCCAGCAUGGAGCCUCGCUGCUGGGCAGCACACACAUCCUGCAGAUCAUCACCAUCAACAUGUUUGCCAUCCACAACACUCAGAGCAGAGGGGAAGAAGGAGAAGUCCGGUCUGUGUUGCUGGAUCAGAGCACGGCGCUGGGCCUCAGCAUGUUUGCUCUGCUGGUGCGGCGCUGCACAGAGCUCCUCAAACAAACUCCUGCAGAACCAGUCACCAUGGCAGAUGGAGAGGAGGAGGGUGAAAGAGAGGAGCUGAAGGGCAUUUUCAAAGUUUCUGCGUUCCCGUCAGAUCUAAGAGAACUACUGCCAAGCGUCAAAGUGUGGUCUGACUGGAUGUUGGGGCACCCGGACCACUGGAACCCCCCGCCGUGCAGUUUAGAGGGCAGCCCUGACGUCUGGCAGUGUCUGGCUGACUUGUGUAACAUGCUCGCACGCGUCGACCAUGAGGAAGUGCCUCUGUACAAAGCUGAUACUGAAGAAGUCGAUGGAGAUGAAGAGUUGACGGUGCUUCAGCUGAAAGAAGACAAAAUGCUUGCAGGUUUUGUACCGCUUCUCGCUGCACCGCAGGAGCCCUGUUACACAGACAAACACACCGACACGGCAAUAGCAUCGGAUUGUAAGAGAGUUACUGUAUUGAAGUACUUUCUGGAGGCUUUAUGUGGACAGGAAGAGCCUCUACUUGCUUUCAAGGGAGGGAAAUAUGUCUCUGUGACGACUACUGCUCCAACUAAGCACUCAGUAGACACAAGGAGCAGGCAUGAUUCUCUAAUGGAGAAUGAGGCUGAUGAUGUCAUACUGGAGGCAGAGUCAUCUAUCUCUGCAUCAGAAGGAGAGGAGGAGCAUGAGGAGGCUGGAGACAGUGAGAAUGAUAUCAAACAACUGAAGGCACGACAUCACGCCCUCACUAACAAACUGGCUCAGCAGCAGAAGCGCAGGGACAAAAUCCAGGCUGUGUUGCAGACCAGUGGGCAGUUGGAACUGGAAAUUAGGCCUGUGUUUUUGGUCCCAGAUACUAAUGGAUUCAUUGACCACUUGGAAGGCCUCAAGAAAGUCCUUCAGUGUAGAACAUACAUCAUAGUGGUGCCACUUAUCGUCAUCACAGAGUUAGAUGGCUUGGCUAAAGGCCAGGAUGCGUUUGGUGGAGGAAUGGGUUCAGGAGGACUAAUCAGUGGCUGCCGUGGCAGCUCCAACGUUAGUGCAGCCCAUGUGCGGGCUGUGCAGGAGAAAGCUCGGCUAGCGGUGGCUUUCUUGGAGAAAGGAUUUGAAUCCAGGGAACCCUGCCUGAGAGCCCUGACAAGCCGAGGAAAUCAACUUGAGUCUAUUGCCUUCCGCAGUGAAGACACCUCUGGACAACAGGGAAACAAUGAUGAUGUUAUUUUGUCCUGCUGUCUCCACUACUGCAAAGACAAGGCGAAGGAUUUCAUGCCUCAUCAGAGAAAUGGCACAGUGAAGCUGCAGAGAGAGGUGGUUCUUCUUACAGACGACCGCAAUCUGCGCGUCAAAGCUUUGACCCGCAACGUCCCCGUGCGAGACAUCCCUGCGUUCCUCAGCUGGGCCAAAGUGGGCUGAAGCCGAACGGCCGUCGAUCAGAGGAACCCAGCUGGUGACAUCCACUCGUCGCUUAUCCAGGAGAGAAGUCACACUUAAGCAGAGGAAGAAAAGAGAGAAGACUGAAAGAGGAAAUGAUAAAAGAACGUGAGCAACCACUUCUUACGAAAUGCAGGCAAAUGUAGUGCACGGUGGUGGCAAUCAGCUCUUUCCCCACUUGUGAUGAAGUGCGUGCCGGUAUGUAUGAGAUGAGAUCAAUUAACUUCCGCAGAAAUAGGCGGGAAGAUUCAAGUCUCAAAAAGGUUAGAAAAGAGAGGAGGACUGAGCUAAAAAUGAAGUGAUGUGACUUGUCGGUUGCUGUGUCCAGCCUCGACCCUCUGCGCUUGUUUAGUGUGCACCCUGCAAGCAGCUUUAAAAUUUGAAGCAGAUGGUAGUGUGAAACCAGAGUGGCAGAAUGUCUAUGGGCAUUUAAUUCAUUAAUGAUGGCAUUAAUGAGUGCUAGAAAUUAUACUACCACACAUCUCUGAGGGUCCAGGCUUAGACUGUUUGGCCUCCACAGCAGAGCUGAGGUAAUGAUAGUAGAGAGAAACAAGUGAUAGGUCUGUGUCGGGACAGAAUUAAACAAAAAAAAUGAAGAGCUCUCUUGCAAACUCGGUGCCAGGUAGGAAUCACAUGCAAGUACGGAGUUCCCUGCUCAUCCAGGGAACGCUUCAUGUUGUUUGGCCUCUUUGGUCAUUCUUCCAGCCAGUUGCUACCCUAAAGCUUUUGUCGUUGUCAGAGGAAAAUAUUUUUACGUCAACAACUAAAGCAUUCUUUUUUUUUUUUUUUUUUUCCUUCAUGAUUUUACUUUUAAUUGAACUUGUGUGUAAAAUUUAGUUUAUGUUUCAGGCAAUUUCUCCAUUUAGUUUUAAGAUUUUGCAAAGCUGGCCCAAAUUUGGCAUGAACUGUAAAAUGUUAAAACUGCUUUAUUUGAUCUUGUUGCCAUUGUAAAUGUAAAUACUUCACUUUUUUUUUUUAAUUUACUAGUCCAGCAGAUGGGCUCGCUUGUUUGUUGUGUUGUGUUUGGUCUCCAGUUCAAGGAUGUUAGUAGAUGGUUCCAUCAUUGACAGUUCAUUUCCAGAGGUUGCUAUGGGGUGGCAUUGAAGACUAUUUUUUGUUUUUUAUUUUUAGUUUCUGUUAACAUCCACAGUCAUUAUUAUUUUGUGUUUUUUAAGUUUCAGACAAUAGUGUACCUCUAUCUAACUGGUCGGAAAAGUAUAAGGUUUUUAGUUCAGCUGACACUCAGAUCAACGAUGCAUUUAAAAGAUUAUUACAAUGUGAGUAAAACAGGAUCAAACCAGAUCCUGCAGGUCCUUCACUUCUCAACUGAUCAGUAAUAAUCCUGAUAUAUUGAUCAUCAAUGAUCUGAUCACAUGAUCUCAGCCUUCAUGAUCCAUUCUGUAAAUGUUUAGUUCAUCAGUUCCAGUCUCGUAUAUCUCGUAUAUCUAUUAAAACAGGUAUUGAUGAUUAGACAUCAGUACCUGUUGUACUCUGGAUUGGGACUGAGUUUUCUAUAAUAUCCACUUGUAUUUUGUUAAAAGUGAAAUAUACAUGAUGCAUGUAAAAUUUCUGUUAAAUUAAAACUACAUCAGCACAUCAGGUGAUGUGGAAACACUUAAUAGAAGUAAUGUGUUUUUUGCUGGCUUUUUAUUGCUUUUGGGGCCUAUCUCACAAAAUCUGUUAUUGUGUAUGUUUAGGUGUUUAUCUUAGACUGUCCAGAUCAAAGUUAAUGUAAUGUAAAAUUGGUUCUCUGAGCUGUUCCAUCAGUCAGUCAUCACUUAUCAUUUGUAUGGAUUUCAAACAUUGUCCUGCACCUUUCCGCUCAACGCAUGCCACCUUUAUCAGCAGUGGAUAUUUCUUGACUUGAUUGAACUGAGGAGAGAUGUGUACUCAUUCUGUUGUUUUUAGUGUUUCUGUUGUAGUUUGAGUGUUUGAGUGCAAAUACAGUAAUAUAAUCAACCAACUUAUGACUUCUUUCAUCAUUAAAAAUGUUUAAAAAACAUUGUUUUUAUAUUCUUUAUUAAAAUGAAUGUUGUAAUAUGGAAUGAAAACUCAGACAUCCGACCUAUUAAAACAGGGAAGGGUUGUCACUAAAGACGCCAGCAUUACAUUCAGGUUUCCCAGUGAAUUACAGCAGAGCCUCACAAUCAGCUACAUGCUGUUCAAUUAUCGUUCUUUUAUUGAAUCUGUUAUCACUUUUUAUUUGUUGGUUUCAAUCUUUGAAAGUCAAAGACAGAAACUUGCUCAAUAAGGUUGUCAGACUAAGCAGUAAAAUCAUCGGGUCGGCUCAACAAACUUUACAAGAACUUUAUAAUAAACAGCUGAUCAAGAAGGCAAACUCCAUGUUGUCUGAUUGCUCACAUCCCUUACAUAAACAGUUUCAGUUUCUACCAUCAGGUACACUGCUUAGACUCCCUUUUGCAAAGACAAACAGAAACAAACACUCCUUUGUACCUUCCGCUAUUGUUCUUUUAAAUGCCGGAAGGUAAAGGUAGUGGGUGAAAAAGCCUUCCCUCUUAACUAUAGCUUAGGUCUGUACUAUGAUGUGUAAUUUAUUGUAACGUAUUUACCAUUGUGUGCUUCUCCUGUCGCGAAACUAAUCGCCCACUUGGGGACAAAUA